AGAGGACAGUGGACAAAGAAGAGUAAUUCUCAACUACUCCUUCAUUCAUUUGUUCUUGUUGAUUCUUUACUCCGACUAUGAGGAUUCUACGUGCGACGGAUACGUUCUCGGCGGAGCUUAAGGAGUUCAUGUGCGCCGCUGUGCAAAGGAGGAGAGACGACGACGGAUUUAGAGGCUCUCGUGGUGGUGGUAAAUCAAGAAAUGCCAUGGAUCUGGAUUCUGACUCCGGAAACAGAUUGGUUUGUGUUACUGGUGGUGUUUCUUAUCUUGGUCGUGCCAUUGUUAAACGUCUUCUUGUUCAUGGAUACUCUGUCAGAAUCGUCGUUGAUUGUCCAGAGGAUAAAGAGAAAGUGAGUGAGAUGGAAGCCGACGCUGAAACGGCGUCGUUUAGCAACAGGAUUACUUCAGUGGUUUCUCGAUUAACAGAGAUCGAGAGUUUGAUUAAAGCGUUUGAUGGUUGUGCUGGCGUUUUCCACACUUCUGCGUUUGUAGAUCCUGCUGGAAUCUCUGGAUAUUCGAAAUCAAUGGCGGAAUUAGAAGCAAAAGUGAGCGAGAAUGUAAUCGAAGCGUGUACAAGAACAGCCUCAGUGAGAAAAUGUGUCUUCACAUCAUCUCUCUUAGCCUGCACUUGGCAAAACAAUACCUACAACAAUCUUGAUUACUCUGUUAUCAAUGAAGAAAGCUGGAGCGAUGAACAACUCUGCAUCGAUAAGAAGCUUUGGUAUGCACUUGGAAAACUCAAAGCCGAGAAAGCUGCGUGGAGAAUCGCAGAUUCGAAAGGAUUAAAGCUUGCAACUAUAUGUCCUGCUCUUAUAACUGGUCCUGACUUCUUCAACCGUAACUCCACUUCAACCUUAGCUUAUCUCAAAGGAGCAAAAGAGAUGUAUAGUAACGGAUUAUUAGCGACAAUGGAUGUGAACAAGUUGGCUAAAGCUCACGUAUGUUUGUGGGAGGGUUUGGGUAAUAAAACUGCGUUUGGUAGAUACAUUUGUUUCGACACCAUUCUCUCUAGAGAUGGUGCUGAAAAACUUGCUAAAGAUAUCGGUGUUCAAAUCGAAAAGAUUUGCGGUAACAGCAACGAUUCAGACGCAAACGCAGAAACAGAUGCUUCUUUACAAAUAUCAGAUAAAAAGCUUUUAGAUCUUAUGUCAAGAACUCUACGAAGUUGCUACCAUGAAAGUUAGCUAGACACGACAAAAAUUAAAAGGAGCAAUAUUCU